AUGAUGGAUAUGUGUAAUAGUUGUAAUAAUAUGGCGUAUAACAGUAUAAAUAAACAAAAUGGGAUUAAAUUGAAUAAAAAAAAUUGUACUAUAAUAACAUUUUGUAUUUUUUUCAUAUUUUUUUUAUCAACAAUAAAUAAUUUAUUCAAAUAUAUACACAUAAAAACAUCUAGGUAUAUUUUAACUUAUUCAAAUAUUUUGUAUCUUAUAUCAUUUCUUUCGUUAAACAAGCAGGUUGAGUCGUUAAUAGGAUUGGACGAUGGCAUUUUGCCGAUAAAUGAAUAUAUAAAUGAUUUAAAAAAAAUAUUAAAAAGGAUAGAUUUUUUUUUUGUGCGUCGUUUGGUAUAUUGUGUGUACAAGUUUUGGGAAUAUGUCAUAAGAAAUAGGAUAAAAGUGAAGACAUUUUGUAAAGUUGGGAUAUUAUUAUCAAUUUUAAAUUUUUUAAUUCAAAAAAAUGUACAGAAUGAUUUUAUAAGGAUUUUUUGUUCGCUUUAUUUGUUUCCUUUGUUAUUUAUUUUACACAUAUCAUUCAAAAUUGUUAUGCGCGAUUUUAUGGUUUUCCAGUGCGACUUGUUAAUGAAUGAGUUUGGAUUUCUUUUGAUAUUUUUAAAUUUAUCUGACAGUUAUUAUUUAAUAUAUUCAAACACUUUAAUUAUAUGUCUUCUUCGAUUAGUGUGUUUUAAGAUUUUAUUUAAUUCAGGAGUUCAUAAAUUUGUUUAUAAAGGUUCACAAUGGCUAGACCUCAAGGGUUGUGAAAAUCUUUUUUUAUCCCAACCUCUCCCAUCAAUAUUAUCAUAUAUAGCUUAUUGUAAAUUUGAUAAAUAUAUUAUUUGCUUUUUAAUUAUCAUAUCUGAAAUACUAUUAUCCUGGCUCAUAUUUUGCUCUUCCAAAUUAAGAAUAUUAUUUUACAUAAUUUUUAUAAAUAUUCAUCUAAGUUGCCAUAUCAUUUGCAAUAACAUAUUUUUAUCGUAUAUUUUCAUAAUUUUAUUUUUUUCUUUGUUCGACGAUUCGAUAAUAAAUUUUUUUUCAACGUCUGGAAAUAUUCCUGAUUUAUAUAAAAAUAAUGAGCUAGUCAACUUAUCUAUAUAUUUGAUAGUUUGUUUGAUUAACAUUAUUAUUUCACUAUUUUAUUUAAUUUUUGUCUUUAUUAAUUUUGUACCGUUCUUCGAAAAAUGGAAUAUUCUCGAUUUUCAAUGUUUUCACAUUGUUUAUAAAUUUUAUUAUUAUUUUUGCCCUUUGAACGUUUGCAAUUCUUAUGCCAUGUUAACAUGUACGAAUAAAUGUCGACAAGAGAUAAUUAUAGAAGAGUUGCAUAAGAUAGGAAAUGAAUGCAAAUGGCAAUAUGUUAAUUUUAAUUAUAAGCCUGGAAAUAUAAACAAAAUUGGGUCAAUUUUGUGGUGGGGGCAUAUACCAAGAUUGGAAUGGAAAUUAUAUUAUUUUAUAAAUUAUACUGAAUAUAAUAAAAAAGGUAUAUAUCCAGUAUAUAUAUGCUCUUUUUUAAAAAAAUUAUAUAAUCGAGAAAAGGAAAUUAUAUCUAUGUUUAAAGAGAAAAAUAUACAAGGAGUCCCAUUGAUGAUUAAAUUAACUUCACAUUAUUAUAUGAUGAAUAUAAAAGGAUGUAGAGAAGUGGAUAGUCCUAUGUGCAAUUUUCGCAUGGAGGAAUAUAAACAGUGGGAAUGUGGAAAAUAUUGGAAAAGAAGGAAAGUUCGAGUUAUGGAGACUUUAAAAUACAGAGAAAAUAAAACAAAUUAA